CUAUAACAACAUUCUUAUGCACAUUUGCUGUUGUUAUCAAAGGAACAUGAGAUGAUGCAAAAUGCUAGAAACUAAAAAGUGAUGCAAACUUUUCUACUGUACAUGCAUGUGUACAAUUUCUUGAUUCAACUAAACUGAAAAUAUUUUGUUGAUUGUUUGAAACUGUCCGAGCUUAAUCAAGAGUUAAAAUUCUCUUUGUUUUGAAAAGAAGUUACGAUCAUAGUUGACAAGAGUUUUCAAAUUUAGUGCUUUCAUGGUUGUUGUCAGACAAACCCAUCUUUUAAGGCCAAGAUAAUUUCGACAUAACUAUUUCAACCAAGUGUUGCAUAUCUUUUAGGGUAGUAAAAAUUAUUUAAUUAUUUGAUGAGAUGAAAAUAAAAUGUAGGUAACAUAAAUUAUGCAUUAAUUAAGAUGGAAAAUACCUUGUUUUUUGAUGCAUCAAUAAAUGGUAAGAGAGAAAAAAGGGGGAGGGGAUGUAAAUUGUUUCAACUUAAAAUACCUGUACAUUUUUUAUUCGUUGUCAGUCUGGUUGUCCACAGUUAUUGUUGUUGUUUUUGUGUCUUGUUUAUCUGUAAUGGUCCCUGUGAGUACAUGGUUUACGCUGCUUGCCGCUGUUUUCCCAGUUGCGGUAGUGCCUACGUGAUGGGGUAAUUCCUUCAGGUAGUGCUUGGCACUGGUCACAUGCUUGCCCACCGGCCGAAGUCCCUGGAGACUGCUGGUUGUGCUUGUCAGUGAGCUCGUGGACGCUCGUGAGUGGCCGGGACGGGUGGUGUGCGCAGCCGGGCGGGAGCGGGCGCGGGUCGUGUCGGCCAUGCGGCAGCUGACGCGGCGGCUGUGCGUGCGGUUCGUGGAGCGCACGGACGAGCGGCACUACGUGGCGGUGGGCAAGCGCCGGGAGCUGGGCUGCUCCUCGGUGGUGGGGCGGCAGCCGGACGCGAGUGGCGGCCAGACCCUGAACCUGCGGUCCCCGGAGUGCCUGCAGCAGGCGGGCGUCAUCCAGCACGAGUUGCUGCACGCCCUGGGGCUGAUGCACGAGCAGGCUCGGCCCGACCGGGACGGCCACGUGCGCGUCCUCUGGGAGAACAUACACCCAGAUUACAAGUCUGAUUUUGAGAAGGCUCCUGAAGAGUAUGUUUCGACAUAUGGCGUUCCAUACGACUACGCAAGUAUCAUGCAUUAUCCUAACAAUGCAUUUUCAAAAAACAAGAAAAACACAAUCAUUGCAAAGGAUAAUCCCAAUUUGCAGCUGGGACAGCGGAAUAGUCCAACUGAAAAAGAUCUGGAAAAAGUCAGAAGAAUGUACAACUGUGCUAGCAGUUAAUUAUUAAGUACAACUUUCAUGUAUAUUUAGCACAUACAA